AUGAAAUUCAUUGGUAUUGUGUUUUUGGUUUUUAUUGCUAGUGCUUUAGCUCAAUCAAGUGGAUUUUGGACACCAACAUUGUACAAAGUUAGAGAAAGAUUAAGUGAAGUUGCCAUUCGUAUUGAUGAAGUAGAAGAUGACGAAAGACAUUAUGGAGAUUUGAUUGAUAAGAGUAUUGUUGAUUUAAAGAGUGCUAUUACCAAGAGAGAGAAGUAUAUAAUUGGUAGAAGACUUACUCAUCUCAGAGCCAAGUUAGUUGUUUUCAACCAAAAGAAAUUAUUACUUCUCAGAGCACUUAAGAGGAUUGUUUCUGCUGUUCCAAGAAAGUUCAGAGCUAAGAUGAUUAGAUCAUUAAAGAUUGAAAAGAGAUUUGUUGCUAUUAGAGAUAUCGAAAGAGAUGCUAAACGUAUUUUAAGCCCAAAGAAAGCUAUUACCCAUAAAAGUAGUACUAAAAAGACUUUAAAAAGACUUGGUCACGGAAUUGCUAAAAAUGUUAAAACCGUCAAGACCACUAAGAUUUCCAAGAUCAAGAAGAAUUAA